AAUUGCACACUUGGCUCCGGAACGCAAAUCUUGAGAGAAUGCAGAAUGCAGAUUACAGAAGAACUGGGAUCCCGAGGCCGCCUCACCCUUCGGACAUCUCUCCAUACUACCCCUUGUCGCCAGGCGCUGUGGGUCAGAUCCCUCAUCCUCUGGGAUGGCUAGUACCACAGCAAGGGCAGCCAGUUUAUCCAAUCACGACAGGAGGAUUCAGACACCCCUACCCCACUGCCCUUACAGUCAACGCAUCCAUGCAAAGGUUCCCCCCCCACAUGGUGCCCCCCCACCACAGUUUGCACUCGACCACGGGCAUCCCCCACCCUGCCAUCGUCAAUCCCAGCGUCAAGCAGGAGUCCUCCCACAGCGACAUCGGCUCCCUCAACAGCUCGAAACACCAAGACGCUAAGAAGGCGGAAGACGAGAAGAAGAAGCCGCACAUUAAGAAGCCGCUCAACGCCUUCAUGCUGUACAUGAAGGAGAUGCGCGCCAAGGUGGUGGCCGAGUGCACGCUGAAGGAGAGCGCCGCCAUCAACCAGAUCCUCGGACGCAGGUGGCAUGCGUUGUCGAGGGAGGAGCAGGCCAAGUACUACGAGCUGGCGAGGAAAGAGCGGCAGCUCCAUAUGCAGCUGUACCCGGGCUGGUCAGCACGAGACAACUAUGGGAAGAAGAAGAAGAGGAAAAGGGAGAAGCAACAGGCAGAGGGCGCUGAGCACAGGGAAUACUUCCCAAACCCUUGCCUAUCCCUCCCUCCGAUCACAGGAGGAAAAAGAAGUGUAUCCGCUACAUCCAAGGUGAAGGUAGCUGUGCGAGCCCCCACUCCUCUGAAGGAAGCUUACUGGACUCCCCGCCCUGCUCCCCCCCCCCAGCCCCCCCCAAACCGCAGGCUGAGCAGAUGCAGCCGCUCUCACUGACUCUGAAGCCCCCGCACCACCCGCUGCACAGCAGGCACAUCCACCCCCACCCCCACCCCCACCCCCACCCUGGGGCCCCCCACCCGCUGGUCUCGCUGCUGGAGAGCCCCUCCCACUCCUCCAAGACGGCCGGACGCAACGCCCUCAACGGUUCCGUGGAGCCCUCGGACACCUCACCUCCUCCCUCCUCACGCACCUCCGGCCCCUCGUCCUCCUCCUCGUCCUCCUCUUCCUCUUCCUCCUCUUCCUCUUCGUUGGCGAGAGGUGCGCUGCCAGGGUCUCUGUGCGCGCCCCUCUCCUCCCUGUUGCCUAGCGCCACCUCAUCCCAGCCCCUGUCUCUAGUCACCAAGCCUCUGGACUAAUUCCCUCUACACACUCCUCUUCUCUUCUCCUGACGUUUUACAUUCAUCCCUUUCUUUCUUGCUUUCUCUUGACUCCUUUUUCUUGUUUUUUUUCCCUCUUUUCAUUGCUUGCGCCAAGAGGCUUUGGAUAUUAGAGAACUUUUUUAUUUUCUCUUUUUUAAUUAAUUAAUCAAACUUCAUUGGUCAAUAUUUGACCCUUCAUUAUCUUAAGAAAAGGAAUUCUAUAAUGUAAUGAGGAGGGGAGACUUGCGAUGCAUUUGUAGAGUAUAGCGUCAAUCUGCCAAAAUUUGUAUGAUUUUUUUUGUCUGUACAACAGAAAAAGAGUAGUUGUUAACCUAGUUGGGCAUAGACGUGUUUAAAACAGACCUAUAAAGCAUAAAGUAGGAGAUUUAAGAAAGGCGCUCUUUUCUGAAAGAGCUGCCUGAUCUAUUUGUUUGUAUGAAAUACGAGCCAGCGAACCAAUCGUUUUACACCUCUUCAUAAGAUGGAGGGCACUAGGACCCUGGGGAGCUUUCUCCAGCAGAGGAUCUUCUUCCAGAGUUGUGUGAUGAUGAUGAUGCUGAUGAUGUUGCUCUCUUGUCUAAAUGUACAGAAAUGUGGGGAAUGGGGGGGCUGUGUUAAUAUGCAUUGUUCCAUUGCAUUGUUUAUUUUAUUUGACAUCUUUGGCUGUU